CGUCAAUAUAGGUAGCCGGCAGUAUAUUUUCCUCCCCUCACUCCUCUUCCAAGCCUCGCUACCAUCUGUUCUACUGUAUUGUACUCCGUACUACCAUGUGCUUUCCGUGAUCAUCAUUCUUUGUCUAGGUGAUCGACUGUCAUUCUCUUAGCUCAUUUUUCUUGUUCUGUACUUUUCUUCUGGUCAUGUCUUCAUCUCCUUCGUCCUCUCUUCGCAAGAGAGGUGGGAGGAAGGAGGCUUAUUCUCCAUUGCCUUCGGACGAUACCUCCUCUCCUUUGUCUUCAUCCAAGCCGAGCGUAGCUCCCAAGAGCCAGUCGGGAUGGGACUAUAGGCUGGCCUUAGUCGUUCUCACCAUCCUGGCUUUCAUUACCCGGUUCUACAAGAUAUCCUACCCUAACGAAGUGGUCUUUGACGAGGUGCAUUUUGGCAAGUUCGCUUCUUACUACUUACAAAGAACUUAUUUCUUCGAUGUCCACCCUCCAUUUGGCAAAUUGCUCUUCGCUUUCAUGGGAUGGCUGAUUGGGUAUGACGGCCACUUUCUGUUCGACAACAUUGGCGACUCCUACAUCGAUAACAAAGUUCCAUAUGUCGCUCUCCGCGCAAUGCCGGCCACUCUGGGGGCUCUGACAAUCCCAGUGGUCUUCCUCAUCAUGUGGGAGUCCGGAUAUUCGUUGCCGGCCUGCGUGUUGGCUGCCGGUCUCGUACUGUUUGACAAUGCCCACGUCGGAGAGGACAGACUGAUUCUGCUGGAUGCCUCCUUGGUACUUGCCAUGGCGCUAAGCAUCCUCUGCUACGUUCGCUUUUACAAGCUGCGCCAUGAACCCUUUGGCCGUAAAUGGUGGAAGUGGCUGCUCUUGACGGGCGUUAGUCUCAGCUGCGUUAUCUCUACGAAGUAUGUCGGUGUCUUCACAUUUGUCACCAUUGGUGCUGCGGUCUUGGUUGACCUGUGGAACUUGUUGGAUAUCAACCGCCCAUCGGGAACGCUCAGCAUGGCCCACUGGAGCAAGCACUUUGCUGCCCGCGCAUUUGCCCUCAUCAUUGUGCCUUUCUUCUUCUACCUGUUCUGGUUCCAGGUCCAUUUCGCAAUUCUCACCCGCUCCGGGCCAGGCGAUGAUUUCAUGACCCCGGAGUUCCAGGAAACCCUCAGUGACAACCUCAUGUCGGCGCAGUCGAUCGGCAUUCAGUACUAUGACACAAUCACUAUCAGACACAAGGACACCAAGGUGUUCCUUCACAGCCACUGGGAGAAGUAUCCCCUCCGCUAUGAUGACGGCCGUAUUUCCAGCCAGGGCCAGCAGGUCACAGGAUACCCAUUUAACGAUACGAACAAUCACUGGCAGAUUCUGCCUUCUGUUCCCUAUCCUGACACCGACAGGCAAGGCCACAGCGUCAAGAAUGGCGACACCGUCCAGCUCCGUCACGUCGGCACUGACACCGUCCUGCUGACGCACGAUGUUGCGUCUCCUUACUAUCCCACCAACCAGGAAUUCACCACCGUUUCUCAGGAAUUGGCCAAUGGCGAGCGACACAACGACACGCUGUUCGAGAUCAAGAUCGAGAACGGCAAGCCUCAACAGGAAUUCCGGUCUCUCUCAAGUCAUUUCAAGCUGAUCCAUGUGCCGACUCGCUGGGCCUUUAAGCAAGCCGAGAUUAACGGUAACAAAAAUGUCCUUCAGACGAGCAAUCUUUGGUUCGUGGACACCAUCGAGUCGCUGGAGGAAGACAGCCCCCGUGCCAUGAAGCAAGAGCGCCAGGUCAAACAUCUCCCCUUCUGGCGCAAGUACCUUGAGCUGCAACGGGCCAUGUUCUUCCAUAACAAUGCUCUGACCAGCAGCCAUCCGUACGCCAGCGAGCCCUUCCAGUGGCCCUUCCUACUCCGAGGUGUCAGCUUCUGGACCAAGAAUGACACCAGAGAGCAGAUCUACUUCCUGGGUAACCCUAUCGGAUGGUGGAUUGCCAGCAGUCUGUUGGCUGUCUUUGUUGGGGUGAUCAGCGCUGAUCAGCUGUCCCUUCGCCGCGGAGUCGACGCUCUUGAAGAAAUUUGGGGCCGUGGCGCUCGUUCUCGUCUGUACAACAGCACUGCAUUCUUGUUCCUUUGCUGGGCUGCCCACUACUUCCCCUUCUGGCUGAUGGGUCGCCAGCGUUUCCUCCACCAUUACCUUCCGGCCCACGUUGCGUCUUGCAUGGUCGCGGGAGCUCUGAUCGAAUUUAUUUUCAACCUGCAGCCGAUCUCGGUUGCUAGACCUGUAAAGGAAGAUGAUUCAACCGGCAAGUCCAAGGCCCAUGGUAGCGCCGGUCAUUUUGUCACCGCGAAGGAACGAAUGGGUAGCCAGUCGCUCAUUGCCGGAUGGGUUGCGACCCUGGUCAUUCUUAGUGUGACGAUCUGGGGAUUCUGCUUCUUUGCGCCCCUGACAUACGGUACCCCUGGCUUGGAUGUUGCGGGCGUCAAUGCACGGAAAUGGCUGGGCUAUGACCUGCAUUUCGCCAAAUAAUUAGCUUUCCUUUAGGCGGCCCGUCGCCUGGCAGUUGGCUAGGAUGUCCAGUUGGGUAUGAUGUGAUCUUGUGCAUCCUGAGGUUCCUCUUCUCCUUCGAAACUGAUACUCAGCGAAGCAAUUCCCUGAGAGCUUCCGUGCAGUCACUGCACACUAGGAGCUUCUGUCACAAGUGGAAUGGUGGAUGAUGAUGUUAGUGAUGCCCUUUCCUCAUUCGUCUCAAAUAAUCUUCGUGGUCGAGCCACGUGCAAGCGUGGAAUCUCUUCUGUUUUCCGUCCUUCCAGUCUAUACUGUCUACAUCUUUCUAUAUAUGUAUUUUGAUAUCCGUUAGCAAUAAGCUUCAUUUACUGUCUACCAUUACUGUAGCGUGCGAGCUAGCAACCAAAAUGAGGAGACAUAAUUCAUAUUUCAG